AUGAACCUAUCUUCAGAGCCCAGAACCCAGGAGCCCAGCUGCGUGGCCACCCCAGCUUCACCCAGCAGGUGGGAGAGCUACUGGAGCGGCACCUCCAGCCUGGGCCAACCUCUACCCAUCAGUCCCACGCUUCCGACCCUCAACAGGAGCAGAGGCCUCAGGACACCCGCCAACAUGUUCAUUAUCAACCUCGCGGUCAGCGACUUUUUCAUGUCCUUCACCCAGGCCCCCAUCUUCUUCACCAGCAGCCUCUAUAAGCGGUGGCUCUUCGGGGAGGCAGGCUGCGAGUUCUAUGCCUUCUGUGGGGCCCUCUUUGGCAUCACCUCAAUGAUUACCCUGAUGGCCAUUGCUCUGGACCGAUACCUGGUGAUCACGCAUCCACUGGCCACCAUCGGAGUGGUGUCCAAGAGGCGGGCAGCGUUUGUCUUGCUGGGCGUCUGGCUCUAUGCCCUGGCCUGGAGUCUGCCACCCUUCUUUGGUUGGAGCGCCUAUGUACCUGAGGGGCUGCUGACCUCCUGCUCCUGGGACUAUAUGAGCUUCACACCAUCAGUCCGAGCCUACACCAUGCUGCUCUUCUGCUUCGUGUUCUUCCUGCCUCUGCUUGUCAUCAUCUACUGCUACAUCUUCAUCUUCAGGGCUAUCCGGGAGACAGGCCAGGCUCUCCAGACUUUCAGAGCCUACGAGGGCGGUGGUAGGUCCCCCUGGCAACGCCAACGGCUGCAGAGAGAGUGGAAAAUGGCCAAGAUCGAGCUGUUGGUCAUCCUUCUCUUCGUGCUCUCCUGGGCCCCCUACUCCAUUGUGGCCCUGAUGGCCUUUGCUGGGUAUGCGCACGUACUGACACCCUACAUGAACUCAGUGCCGGCUGUCAUCGCCAAGGCCUCUGCCAUCCACAACCCCAUCAUUUAUGCCAUCACCCACCCCAAGUACAGAAUGGCCAUUGCCCAGCACCUGCCCUGCCUCGGGGUGCUGCUGGGCAUGUCAGGCCCUCGCCCAGAUCCCUACGCCAGCUACCGCUCUACCCACCGCUCGACCCUGACCAGCCAGACCUCGGACCUCAGCUGGAUCUCUGGACAGAGACGCCAAGCAUCCCUAGGCUCGGAGAGCGAGGUGGGCUGGAUGGACACGGAGGCAGCAGCUGUGUGGGGGGUGGCCCAGCAAGUGAGCGGACGCUUCCCCUGCAGUCAGAGCCUGGAGGACAUGGAAGCCAAGGUCCCUGUCAGGCUCCAGGGACAAAAAGCAGAGACACCUGUGAAGACCAAGGGGCUGCUCCUCAGCCAGGACCCCAGGAUAAAGGGUGCCCAUUGGCUCCCCUUUUCUUCCGGGACACAUCCAGCUCCCUCGCCUCCCCCUCAUACACGCAGACCCAGGAUCACCCCAUGAGCCUGCAGGCUUUGGAAGUGGCCCUGUGACCCAGGCUGUGCUGGAUUCGGGGCCCCACAUCACAAAACUGCCCUGCCACAUGCUUUGCCACCCACUGCUCAUCUCAACAGCCUGCACCCCAGGCUCAGCCCAGGCCCUCCUGCUUCCCGGAGUCAUCCGCCUCUCCUCAAAUGCUGUGUGCUGUGAUUGUCCAGGCAAUGACAAUGGCGAUGGCUCCGUGGGACACGCCAGCUAAUUAUGAGCUGCCUCUGCACCCGGGCUGGGCAUUUCACUGACAUGGGCAGGCCAGCACCACGUCUCCGGCAGGCAGCAGUGGAAGCCGAGUACUGACUCUCAUGCACCAGAAACUGUUUUCUCUGUGACCCCCCUUCCUGCUUCCCCAGUGCUGUUUGUGCCAUGGCCCACACUCUUGUGCACACAUAUAUUUUCAGGCACACUCUCUUACUUACUCAUGUUUGCAUGCACACCAAACACAUGUGUGCACACGCUGCACCUGUGGCUUGUCUCAGAUCAGUGACCUGAGGGGCUGUAUGGCUCUGACAGUGUAAAAGAAAAUAAAAAGCAGA